GAAAGUAUGUUCAUUUACUGUAUAUGUACUCAAUACUUGGUAGGGGCUCCUUUUGCUUUAAUUACUGCCUCAGUUUGGCGUGGCAUGGAGGUGAUCAGUUUGUGGCACUGCUGAGGUGGUAUGGAAGCCCAGGUUUCUUUGACAGUGGCCUUCAGCUCAUCUGCAUUUUUUGGUCUCUUGUUUCUCAUUUUCCUCUUGACAAUACCCCAUAGAUUCUCUAUGGGGUUCAGGUCUGGUGAGUUUGCUGGCCAGUCAAGCACACCAACACCAUGGUCAUUUAAACAACUUUUGGUGCUUUUGGCAGUGUGGGCAGGUGCCAAAUCCUGCUGGAAAAUGAAAUCAGCAUCUUUAAAAAGCUGGUCAGCAGAAGGAAGCAUGAAGUGCUCCAAAAUUUCUUGGUAAACGGGUGCAGUGACUUUGGUUUUCAAAAAACACAAUAGACCAACACCAGCAGAUGACAUUGCACCCCAAAUCAUCACAGACUGUGGAAACUUAACACUGGACUUCAAGCAACUUGGGCUAUGAGCUUCUCCACCAUUCCUCCAGACUCUAGGACCUUGGUUUCCAAAUGAAAUACAAAACUUGCUCUCAUCUGAAAAGAGGACUUUGGACCACUGGGCAACAGUCCAGUUCUUCUUCUCCUUAGCCCAGUGACAUUCUUCUAAGAUGGUUUGGAACAGCAGCAAUACAACAUGUUCUCCUCAGCCUCAGCACAUAUCACUUGCUGUGAUCUUCUGUCUGGUCUAUCUGUUGGGCCUCCUGCUCAACAGCUUCAGUCUGUGGGUCUUCACACGUCGCCUUCGCAAAUGGAACUCUGGAACUGUUUUGCAGUUUAACCUGGCUCUGUCUGAUGCUAUAAUUUCUCCGAUCACCCCAUUGAUGGCAGUAUACUUCGCCAUGAAAGGCAACUGGAUUUUCGGGACAUUCGUCUGCCAGCUGAAGAUUGCCGUGCUCAGUAUCCACUUCAAUGGCAGCAUCCUGUUCCUUACACUCAUUAGUGUUCAUCGCUAUGUUUGUGUGGUGCACUUCAGCCGCUCCUCACUGAUUAAAAGAAAGGCUUUCAUGAAGAAACUAUGUGCUGGGAUUUGGUGUUUUCUGUUAGUGAUUGGCAUUAUCUAUGGAUUGAUGCUUCCUGUAACCACUGAGGAACACAAUAUGCAGUGUCUUACUAUCCAUCAGAAAACAUUCACGGAAGUGUACUUUAUUAUAAACUUUGUGAUUUUCAUAUUUUCGUGUAUUUUACCCUUAACUGUGUCUGUGUUUUGCUAUAGUCGCCUGGCCAGCUCAUUAUCCCGUAUUAACAUAAAUUCUGCUCAGAGCCAGUCAGUCAAGGCCAAGUCGAUGAGGAUGAUAGGCAUAUGUCUAGUCAUAUUUGGACUUUGCUUUAUUCCUCUCAAUGUUGUUCGGACCAUAGGAGUAGUUGUGAUAAAGUUUUACCCUAAGAAAUGCGGGCUUAUCUUGCAGUUGCAAACAGCAUAUUAUACAUGUUAUAUAUUAGCAGGAAUCAACUGCUGCUUGGACCCCCUAAUCUACUGUUUUGGCUCACGUGAUUUUGUGAAAGCAUUCCGGAGAUCUUUCAAGGCAAUGGGAGUCAGGCGGAAUGUCGACAACAAAAGUGAAUCAGACACAGGUCAAUGUGUAAACAGAAAUGUAAUAUAUACAGUCUCUCAGUGAAUUUAAAUUUUGAUUUGGAUGUCUUUGUUAAACAUACAUUUUAAGUACUGCUUUUAAGUUUACAAUUACAACAUAUUUGUGUACCUUUUAAUUAAGUUUCUUUUGGCAGUGUAAAUUGUAAUACUGUGACCUCAACCUUUGCUGUUGAUGCAAGCAACCGUUUUGUAUCACAACCUUAUUCACAGAAGCGCUAUCUUUGAUUUUUGACAGGAAUUAUAAUGAGGCUGCGAGGGAUAGAUGUACAGUCUCUUCAAUGGUUUGUACUGCAGUUUAAAGUGUUUUUGGAUUGUUCCACGAACAAAACAUUGAAAAAACAUAUUUUUAAGGACAUUUAGUAGACAAAGAACUCCAGACAACAUAAGUUGUGGAAAACCAGAUGUGAUCAAUGAGCGUUUUACAGCUUUAUACAGUUCGUGCUUUUGAAGAGAUGUCUAUCCCUCACAGCCUCCUCUUUCCCAUACAAAUCAAAGAUGGUGCUACCAUGAAUAAGAUCAAUGGUGUGAUUAUUUUUUUUAAAUGUCUCUUUUUUUUAAAAUUUUGUAUUAAUGGUUAUUUUAGUUUGUAAAAUAACUGCUUUGUAAAUGUGAACAUUAAAAUAAACAACAAUUGAG